UCGAGCAGGCGGUGCCACCGCCCACCGCCUUCUCGCCGCCCAAAACCGCCUUUUCAGCGGUGUUGUGAUUUUGUGGCAGCGGAAGUCAGCGGAAGGUACAACAAGGCAAAUACUAUGUUAAAUUUAGGGCGUUUUAAAGACCCACGAGAUUUUAGAACACUUCGAUGAAAUGACAUGACAAGUUAUUUUACGUACCUGCCAAAUGUUGUUGAAUUAGCUUAGCUGCUCCACGAGUCCAACAACAUGGCUUACAUGAGCGGAACUACAGGUAGCGAAGGAGCCAAUGUGUUCCUUGAAGUGCUUCAAAAUGAUUUGAAGAAUUUAUCAAUAGAAACAAAGAAGAAGUACCCUCAAAUCAGAGAAGCAUGUGAAGAAGGAAUUGUCAAGCUGAGAAAUGCUGCAGCUAAUCCACAAACUCCCAUUUACUACAUUGUUAAUCAAAUUUUGUAUCCUCUGGUUCAAGGUUGUGAAACCAGAGAGCAAAAAAUAGUUAAAAUAUGCCUUGGCAUGAUUCAAAAGCUUAUAACUCAGCAAGCAGUGGAUCAGAAAGGAGCCCGAUACAUAACCGACACUUUAUGGAUGCUUAUGGAAUCAGGAACAGAAGAAGUAAAGGUUCUACAAAGUGUAACAUUGUUAUUAACAACAAAUGCUGUGGUACAUGGUGAUACAUUAGCACGCAAUCUAGUGCUAUGCUUUCGUCUUCAUUUUACCAAAGAUUCCACCACCAUCAAUACUGCAGGGGCCACUGUGAGGCAACUUGUGUCGUUGGUGUUUGAACGUGUGGCUGCGGAAGAUGAACAUUUCAAGGAGUCUGACGCUGGCAAAACAGAAGUCAACCUAGAAGAGCUGAAAAUGCCUAGCAAUGUUGCUCCCAAGGGCUUACGUCCGUGUGCUGGUGAUGCUUAUCUAAUGUUCCAAGAUCUUGUGCAACUUGUGAAUGCAGACCAACCUUACUGGCUGGUUGGCAUGACUGAAAUGACCAGGACUUUUGGCCUGGAGCUACUGGAAUCUGUUCUCACAAACUUUUCUUCUGUGUUUUUCCAACAUCCUGAAUUCAGUUUUCUGUUGAAGGAGCGUGUGUGCGCCCUUGUGAUAAAACUUUUCUCUCCGAACAUAAAGUACCGCAGUUCUGUGCCAGCCAGUGUCCAGCAGGCUACGCCUUUGGACAAGCCGUACUUUCCAAUCAGCAUGCGCUUGUUGCGAGUCGUCUCCAUUUUGAUCCAGAAAUACCACAGUCUCCUGGUCACCGAGUGUGAAAUAUUCCUUUCCUUGAUCGUCAAGUUCCUUGAUCCGGACAAGCCACCGUGGCAGCGAUCCCUGGCCCUGGAAGUCCUCCACAAGAUGACGGUCCUCCCCGACCUGCUCAAGUCCUUCUGCGAGUGCUACGACCUCAAGCCCCACUCCACCAACAUCUUCCAGGACAUCGUCAACUCGCUCGGCGCGUACGUGCAGUCCCUGUUCGUGAACCCGCAGCUGAUGGGGCAGGGCACGACGGUGGGCGGGCAGGUGCCGCUGGCGCAGGGACAGCCGCCCUCGCUGCUGGCCGGCAUGCCGGUGGGCCCGGGGGUGAGUCCGCAGCCCGGCUUCUUCUCCAGGGGUGUGUGGCUGCCCAUCGUCAUCACGUACAGCAGCGGCCAGACCAAGUCCAUCUACCUGGACAUGCUGGAGAAGGGGGAGCCGCCCGCCAUCCCGGACGGCUACGGCAUCUCGGUGGCGUACGCGUGCCUGCUGGAGAUCAUCCGCUCCAUCUCCAUCUGCAUCGACGGGCUGCCGCCGCUGCCGCCGGGCAGCGAGGAGAACGACAACGACGCCCCCGCGGUGGAGAAGCGGGCCGAGGAGGAGCCCAGCGAGGAGGAGAGGCAGCUCCACGCACAGCUCAUCAACUCGAGCUGGUGCGGGCUGCUGGCGGCGCUCAGCCCCCUCAUCGACGCCAGCACGGACGAGUCAGCGUCGGAGAGCGUGCUCAAGGCCGUGCAGACGUUCGCCAGCCUGUGCGGCGCGCUGGACCUGCAGGUGCCCCGCGACGCCUUCAUCACGGCCAUCUGCAAGGCGUCGCUGCCGCCGCACUACGCGCUCACGGUGCUCAACGCGGCGCACCAGCACCAGGGCACGGCGUCCACGGCCGGUGCGCGCUCCCAGGACCUGGCGCCGCAGUACAGCCACCACUACACGAGCGAGGCCGACUUCCGGCAGCAGGUGGUGGCCGUGGGCACGCCCUUGCCGACGUCCUCGGUGCCCAUCGGGGUGCAGCAGGGCCCCGUCAUGCUCACGGCCAAGAACCUGCAGUGCAUGCGCGCGCUGCUGAGCCUGGCGCACUGCCACGGCGGCAUCCUGGGCACGGCGUGGCACCUGGUGCUGACGACGCUGCAGCACCUGGUGUGGAUCCUCGGCCUCAAGCCCGCCACCGGCGGCAGCCUCAAGGCGGGCCGCACGACGGCCGACUCGAACGCCGUCAUCACCACGGCCGUGAUGGCGGACCUGCCCGUGCUCUCGCAGAUGCUCUCGCGGCUGUUCGAGUCGAGCCAGUACCUGGACGACGUGGCGCUGCACCACCUGGUGGACGCGCUCUGCAAGCUGUCGCAUGAGGCCAUGGAGCUGGCGUACUCGAACCGCGAGCCGUCCCUGUUUGCCGUGGCCAAGCUGCUGGAAACGGGGCUGGUGAACCUGCCGCGCGUCGAGGUGCUGUGGCGGCCGCUGACGAACCACCUGCUGGAGGUGUGUCAGCACCCGCACAUCCGAAUGCGCGAGUGGGGCGUGGAGGCCAUCACGUACCUGGUGCGCGCCGCGCUGCAGCACAAGCACACGCCGCCGCUGCGCGACAACCAGCGCCUGCAGACGCUGCUGCUGGGCCCGCUGUCCGAGCUGUCCGCCGUGCCGCACGGCGACGUCCGGCAGCGCCAGCUCGAGUGCGUGCUGCACGCCCUGCACGGCGCCGGCGAGACGCUGUCGCACGGCUGGCCCCUCGUGCUGGGCAUCAUCGGCGCGGUCUCGGACCACCACGGCGAGAACCUGAUCCGCGUCGCCUUCCAGUGCCUGCAGCUCGUCAUGACGGACUUCCUGCCCGUGAUGCCCUGGCGCUGUCUGCCGCAGUGCAUGGCCACGGCCGCCAAAUUCGGCUCGCAGACGCAGGAGCUCAACAUCUCCCUCACCGCGGUGGGGCUCAUGUGGAACAUCUCGGACUUCUUCUAUCAGAACCAGGAGAAGCUGUGCACGUCGCUGUCCGGCGACACCAACGUGUUCCCCGAGUUCCCCGGCACGCCGAACAUGCCGCCGUUCGACAAGCUGUGGAUGUGCCUGUUCGCCAGACUGGGCGACCUGUGCGUCGACGCCCGGCCGGCCGUGCGCAAGUCGGCCGGCCAGACGCUCUUCUCCACCAUCUCGGCGCACGGCAGCCUGCUGCAGCCCGCCACCUGGCAGCCCGUGCUGUGGCAGGUCCUGUUCCCCCUGCUGGACAAGGUUCGUAGUCUGUCCGGCGCGGCCAGCAGCGAGAAGGUGGACACCGGCGGCAACAUCCUGAUCCACCACUCCCGGAACACGGCGCAGAAGCAGUGGGCCGAGACGCAGGUGCUGACGCUGUCCGGCGUGGCGAGGAUCUUCAACACCAAGUGCGCGCUGCUGCUGUCGCUGGGGGACUUCCCCCGCGCCUGGUCGCUGCUGCUGGAGUUCAUCGAGCACUCGGCCCUCAACAAGAACAACGAGGUGUCGCUGGCCGCGCUCAAGGCCUUCCAGGAGGUGCUGUACGUCAACAAGCAGGGCGGCGGCAAGGCCGAGGACGCCGUCGGCGCCGUCGGCAAGGCGGAGGACAGCAGCAUCUCGGAGGAGGCGGGCGUGUGGUCCGUGGCGUGGCGGGUGUGGCUGGGCAUCGGGACAGAGAGCACGGCGCCGUCCGCGUCCCCGUCCGCCGACGACGCGUACGUGCCCUCCCAGGCCUUCCUCACGGCGCUCAUCCAGAUCUUCCCCGCCGUGUUCGCGCACGUGCGCGCCGACUUCGGCCCGGACGACCUGGAGCGGCUGUGCGUGGUGCUGCAGCACAUGGUGAGCGUGCCGGUGCAGGCGGACGCGUCCAUGUUCCUGCUGUCGGGCACCUCGUCGGCGGCGCUGUCGGACGCGGCGCUGUCACCGCUGCAGGAAGGCGUGGUGCACUGCGUGCGGCUGCUGCAGGAGCACGCGCUGGGCAGCCUGGCUGCGGACCCCGCCUCGCCGGCCGCGGGCCCGGCCAUGGUGACGGCGCUGUUCAGACAGCUGCUGUGGUUCAGCCGGCUGGCGUGUCAGCGCGACGCGCCGCCCAACUUCGUGCCCUUCGGCGAGAAGAUGCUGACGCUGGUGGUGUCUCUGUACGAGGAGACGGCGGAGGAGCCCGCCGUGGUGGAGGGCGGCGUGCUGCAGCGGCUCGUCGAGGCCCUGCGCGUGCCGCUGUCGCUCAAGUACCGCUGCCCCGCGGCGUCCACCUGGCAGCUCGGCGUCACCUGCCUGCUGGCCGUGCUGCACCGGGGCCUUCCCCUGGCGCGCCGGCCCAGCCAGCGGCAGCACUACGAGGGCAUGUGGCCCGCCCUGGCCGACACCCUGGACCACUUCCUGUUCCCGCAGGACCCGCCGCCCAACGAGGACGUGCAGGCCGACGAGGCCGUGGACUGCCAGGUGAUCGAGCUGGUGCGCGACGAGGUGCUGCCGUACUCACCCCUCGUGCCCAAGGAGUUCGUACUGCGCGUGGUGGUGCUGCUCAACAAGGGCUCCAUCCACUCGGCCACCGCCAACUCCACCCUGGCCAGCACGGCCAGCCACGGCUCGGGCGCCGCCGACUCCGAGUCCGAGCUCAAGCUGCGCGAGGAGUUCGCCAAGACGUGCUUCGAGACGCUGCUGCAGUUCUCGCUGCUGGACGGCGUGGAGGCCGAGCUGGUCCGCGACACGGAGGGCGGGCUGGCGGGCCGCCUGGCCGUCACCGCGCUGCUGCACCGCUUCCAGGACGUGCUGUGCCGCUACGUCGAGGACGAGAGGCACAGCGGCAGCUGCCCGCUGCCGCGCUACCGACUGUCGGAGAUCUCGUUCGUGCUCAAGGCCGUGGCCACCCUGGUCAUGUCGCUGAAGAAGGCCCACGCGCACCCCGGCAAGGUGGACCGCCUGUCGUGGGAGCAGCUCAUCGGGCUGUACCCGCACCUCGUCAACUGCACCACCACGGCCUCGGCCCAGGUGUCGCGGUCCCUCAGGGAGGCCCUGCUGCAAUACAGGGACCUGUUGCAGCCCCCCGCCGCCGGCACCGCUCCCGCCUCGGCCUCCAACACGCACUCCUCGCUCACCAAUGGCGUGUGAGCCGCGCGCAGGCUUAGGGUGGUUUAGUGGUCAACUUAGUUGCAAAUUUAUCUUUGCUAAACUACCUUAACCCGGAGGUCACAUUGUGAGACUAGGUAGACUGGUAAGGCUAAGGACUAGAUUUUGAUGAAGAGGUUUGGAGAUUUUAUUAAUUUGGAAAGAUAUUCCAGGUUUGAGAGUUUUGGUUCAAUCUUCAAAAAGAAUGGAUAAACUUCCCCUGAGCAAUGUUACCUUUAAUGUUUGCCUGUAAUUUUGUUAAUUUUCCCACCCAUGGUUCUAAUGCCAAAUGUGUGAGACUUCAGUGAUCAAAUUUUGCUAGGCUGUAGUCUUUCUCAUGUCAAAAAGUGCAGUCGUACUUUAGGGAAUCCAUUGUUCGUUCCCCCUUUUUUUAAAUAUUUAGGGAUUGUACAACUUCAACUAAACAGCCUACUUUCUCCUAUCAAUCUAUAUUCUAGAUGUAUCAUUCUAGAAGUAUCUCUCUGUUUGGAAAUGAUUUUCAAUUGGUGAUAUUAGAUAUUAGUUGUGAUAACAUAAUUUUCCACCCUGUAAGAUGAACGUUCUUCUUCUUUUUAACUUAUUUAUAGUACAUCAUGUAUAGCUGUAAAAUUUGUUGGUAUGAGUUAAGAGUUCUGUCAAUCAGACAUUUACUCUGCCUCAAUUUGGAUUGUGAUUAAUUUGAAGGGAAUCAGAGGCCAUACUGAGAGGCUACAGGUCACAGAUAAGAUAUUUUCAAAUGUCAAAUGCUACUUUCUAAACAGCCACCAGAAGACUGGCGCCUCACUUUCCCGUUCUGUGCGAGUACUGAGUAGACUUGUUGUUUUGUACAUUUCUAUCAAAUGAGGGGUUCUAAAGAGCCGUUUAUGUAAGGUAUUAUGUUCUUGGGUAUUUUGAGAAUGAUAGUGCAUGCUAGCUAAAAGUGUGUAAAGGAUCUUUCUUGUUUCCUAAGCGUACCUCAGUCAUUUGAUUUGAUUCGUGUUCCUUUUCCUUGUGGUACAGACUUGGUGGCAUGUCAUUCUGCAAGAUGUAAACUGCAUUAGGUUAAAAACUUUUGGUUUACAUCAUAAAAGUGAACAAUUUGUUUUAAUUUUGCUUCUGGGACCUCUCAUUAUGACACUUUAAUCUAAGUUAAAAUUAUAAUUAUUUGUUAUUGUUGCCUGUUUCAAGUUUAAAGGAAAGCUCUGUUUGUUACUUUUUUUUUGUUGUACCUUUUUAUUUUGUGUGUACUUGGUUUUGUUUAAAAGUUACAAUGAUCAGUAUUUUCUUUCUUAACUACACUUGAAAUAUUUCUUCAAUAGCUACAUGCUGACAUCCUUACAUAAACAAAUGUGAAGCUACUAGUUAUUUUCUGUCAAUCUAUUCAUUUAGAAUCUUCAUUUUGUCAAUGAGAGCAAUUCAUGCUAGGUCAAUUAUUGCCAUAAAGCUUCUAAAGCGUUCCACCUUGUAGUCUUGCUGUUUUGUUUUAUUUCCAAUGACUUUCAUAGAAUGUUUAUGUGAAGAUAAAAUGCUCAACUUUAGAGAGACAUUUUGACUAUUAGCAAAAAUACUUUUUAAGGAAAGAUUUUUUAAAACUAAAAUUUUGUCUCAGAUUUAUUCUUUUUGAAGCCUAAUCCUUCUUUUGCCAAAAGUAAUUUCCACCAUAAUUGUUCAAGCACUGACAUUCAAGAGUAUUGUAAUUCCCACCACUAAUCUAUGCUGCUGUUAGGUUUGCAUGUGCAUUCUUGGUUGAUGCUAUAUUUUUGAAAUGAUUGCAGUCAAAUAAAUUAUUUGACAAGUACUAGUCAAAAUGUUGUAUGGAUGCAUAUUUGUGUCUAAUAUGUUUGUAAAUAACCAAAAUGCUCAUGUCUGAAACAUUCAUAUCUUCCUGUUCAUUUUUUUUUCAUGUAGCAGAAAAGAUAAAAAAAUUGAAUGCUAUUUCUUUACUUUAUCUUUUUUUCUACACCUCCUAGAUGUAUUGAUCUUGUAAAAACAUGUGAAGAAUUAGUGGAAUGUAACAUACUUCAAAACUUCGGCAUUAUGAUUAAACUUUUAUGCUCCCAAAGUA